AUGAAGGAAAAAAAGAGAAGAACCAACAAACCAUCUUCAAACACAGUAAGCCAUGGCUCUGCAGCUUCCACAUAUGCUCAAACGUCCUGCAUGUUCCUUCCCAAAAUCCAAAACAGCACGCACUUCAGGGACAAGAUUGGAGCAUAUAGUAGGAAGAAGGCAAGAAGAGUGAUGCAUAUCCACUCGUCACAAGGCCCAACAAAACCGCCAAAACCAUCGCCGGGAUUCCACACAAGAAUCCACUGGGAAAGCCCGGACGAAGGCUGGAUAGGUGGAGGAUCCAACCCGGUCAAACCCGACCGGGACAAUCUCUUUAGUGACGACAACUUUGCAGAACUAAUCAAAGACUCUUUUGAUUCCCACUAG